AAUCGUGAUCACACACACAAAUUUCCUAUUGCUGUGAAAAUGCUGAAUAAUUCCCAGGGGAAUGGGGAGGAGUUGGUCAAUGAAGUUGGUAUAAUUGGUAGAAUCCCCCAUGUCAAUAUUGUCCGGUUGAUUGGUUUCUGUGCUGAUGGGUUCAGAAGAGCUCUUGUCUAUGAGUUCUUGCCAAAUUCUUCACUCCAGAAGUUCAUAAAUUCGCCCGACAACAAGCAAAACUUUUUGGGCUGGAAGAAGUUGCAAGAGAUUGCUCUAGAUGUAGCUAAAGGAAUUGAGUAUCUUCACCAAGGUUGUGAUCAACGCAUUCUCCAUUUUGAUAUCAAACCUCAAAAUGUGUUGCUAGAUCACAACUUUACUCCAAAAAUUUGUGAUUUCGGUCUAGCUAAAUUAUGUUCCAAGGAUCAAAGUGUAAUGUCAAUGACAGCAGCUAGAGGAACUUUGGGGUACAUUGCGCCCGAAGUUUUCUCAAGAAACUUUGGAAAUGUAUCUUACAAGUAUGAUGUUUACAGUUAUGGAAUGAUGCUGCUAGAAACAAUUGGAGGGAAGAAGAUCACAGAGGAUAUAGAAGAAAACAGUAGCCAUGUUUACUAUCCAGAAUGGAUGCAUAGUAUUUUAGAAGAGACUGAUGAAAUCAGAAUUCAUAUUGAAGAUGAAGAAGAUGCUAAAAUUGCUAAGAAACUAGCAACAGUGGGACUUUGGUGCAUCCAAUGGCAUGCAGUGGAUCGACCAUCAAUGCAGACAGUGCUUCAAAUGUUGGAGGGAGACCAAGACACAUUAGCAAUACCUCCUAAUCCUUUUGCUUCCACAGGGCCUUCAAGAAAAUAUGCUAAAAUUAGUGUGCCUGCAAGACAAAUUACCCAAGAUUUAGAAGUGAUCCAAGAGUUAGAUUAACUUUUAACUUGGAGUGGUAUGAAAAGUUUGUAUUUUCUUUAACUAGUCAAAUAAAACUCACUUGAUAUCAUCCAAAUAUAUUUGGCUAAUUGGCUUGUAUUAUAGUUAGCUACAUGGAGUAAAUUGUAUGUACUGUUAUGUUAGCCUAGUUUGGUAGUUUGCCCUCAUAUUUUCUAGCAGAUGGUGAGGUCUUCUUUAGAACUCCUUCUCUUUCUCUUUUUGUUUUAAACUCUGUUCCAAUAAUUACUUUUCUGUUUUUGCAACAAGUAUGGUGUUCUUACACUUUUAUGCGAGUGUCAAAUGUCUGUAAUUCUGUAUGUAACAGUAACAACUGUAUAUGAAGACUUUAGUUUGCUCAUCGAA